UCCCUCACACACACACACACACACACUGCUCGUACAGCCCGGACCUGGAGCAGGAUCAGGAACAGGGGGAAGGUCACAAUGAACCGCCUUUUCGGUAGGAGCAAGACCCAGGCGCCUCCCAGCCUUUCGGAGUGUAUCGGAAAUAUCGAUGCGCGAGCCGAGGUGAUGGAGAAGAAGAUCGCGAGGAUCGACGCCGAGCUCAUCAAGUACAAGGACCAGAUGAAGAAGAUGAGAGACGGCCCGGCUAAGAACGCAGUGAAACAGAAGGCAAUGAGAGUGCUCAAGCAGAAGAGGCUAUACGAAAGUCAAAGAGAUCAGCUAUCCCAGCAGUCCUUUAACAUGGAACAGGCCAACUAUACAAUUCAGUCUUUAAAGGACACCAAAACAACAGUUGAAGCAAUGAAGAUUGGGGCAAAGGAAAUGAAAAAAGCCUAUAAGCAAGUGAAGAUGGAUCAGAUUGAAGACUUACAGGACCAGCUUGAGGACAUGAUGGAGGAAGCCAGUGAAGUGCAGGAGGCUCUGAGUCGCAGCUAUGGUACACCAGACAUUGAUGAGGAUGAACUAGAAGCGGAGCUGGAUGCGCUCGGAGAUGAGUUAUUACUGGAUGAUGACAGCUCCUAUCUAGAUGAAGCCUCGUCGGCACCCUCCAUCCCAGAGGGAAUGCCCAGUGACAGCAAAACAAAUAAGGAUGGUGUUCUGGUCGACGAGUUCGGAUUGCCACAGAUUCCAGCAACAUAGACCGGGAUGAAUACUGCAGGUUCUCUUUUUUGACUGAAGAUCACUUCAGUAUUUCUGUAAAUGUGGCAUUCAAGAGUUGUUUGCCAAUGAACCCUUUCCGAAUGAGUUAAUGGAGAUUUUUGCUCAAGCAUGUGGCCUUGUCAUUUUCUAUUUCCAUUAGUAUUUUGGUUAACAGACUAUAUUUUUUGCUCUUUGACAAAUAUAAAAAAUAGAAAUACCAUUGGUAUCAUCAUCGUUAUCAUUGUCAUAAUCAUCAUCAUCAUCAUCAUCAUGCAUCUACAGUAUAUUGUGAUAUCUGACCAUUAAUGAAUAAAGCACAAAAAUGUAGAAAUAAACAUUUUGUAUUACUUGGUUGUUAUUUAUGAUAUUAA